AUGAAGGCCAGUACGGGGACGAGGAGGCCGAAGAGAAGGCCUAGAGCAGCAAAGCACGUCGCGGAGCGAGACGUACGAGAGGCCCCCAACGACAUGAUCGCUGCUGCUGGCUGCUGUGUGUUGCGGAUGGAUCUUCAGAGCAUAUGCGAAUGUAGGUGCCGAACCCGCGUUUGUGUCUUGUAACCUAUACCGACGAGAGCCAGCUUCGGUGCACAGAGCAAUUCGUCGACAGCGAAGAUCUUGUCACGAGAGGCAGGACCCAAGGCGUGCUUGCGUUGUGCACAAGAGAU